AUGGCGACAAGUUCCCUUCAGCGCUCAUUCUCGCUUUCCACGUGGCACAAUCUAAUCCGUUCAAAACCCUCUAUAAAGACAACAGACUCCUCUAUCUUCCGCUCACUCUCCAAAGCCUCGAUCUCUAGAUCUACUCCCUCUCUUCAAAAAAUCUCUCACCGGAGAAGCAAAUCGAGAUCAGCGAGGGAAAUGGUUGGGAGAACUCCAGGGCUGAUUGCUUUGUUCGAUGUCGACGGGACCCUCACCGUUCCGAGAAAUGUUAUAAGUCAGAAAAUGCUGGAGUUCAUGAAAGAACUUCGGAAGGUUGUUACAGUUGGUGUAGUUGGAGGAUCUGAUCUUGUUAAGAUAUCAGAACAGCUAGGAAAAUCAGUGAUCACAGACUACGAUUAUGUAUUUGCCGAAAAUGGUCUUGUUGCUUACAAGAAUGGCGAACUCAUUGGCAAACAGGUAUCCUGCUUUGGUUUGGAAUCAUAUUUUUUAAUAACUUAAUAAAAAGCAUUUGGUUGCUUAUUAGGAUGUUAGUUCAAGUUGUCUUGUAUGUUAACUCCGUCAAAUUCCAUGAAACCGAGGAGAAAAGUUAAGAGUAAAAGAUAGCUUAUAAGUUUUAAAUCAUACAUUAUCCAACUAAGACGAACUAAAAGCUCCAUCUAGUAUCAGUGAACCAAGAGUUCAGUAUCUUCCAUCGAACUCAUAAUCAAUAAAGAUCUAUCAGUUUUGAAUUGCAGCCUUUUUUUUUUUUGUUCACAUAACAUGUUUGGCAAUGGUUG